GGCGCUGGCCGGCAGGAAGUGCCCAGGGGCGCCGGUCGGGAGGCAGGGUGCCCGCACCCUGACCCUCUCGGGGUGGGAGGCCAGCAGCGCGGCGAGGCGUGCGGACAGGGGGAGGCCCUGCGAGCCGCUGCUCCGCCUCUCGGCUCCGCUGCCCUGGCUGCAAACGGAGCCCUGCGGCCCACCGCCGGCCCAGCAACCAUGGCCCAUGACAAGGUCGAGCAGGAUGACUGGCUGAUCCUCUACCUGAAGUACUUACUCUUUGUCUUCAACUUCUUCUUCUGGGUGGGCGGGGCCGCCGUCCUGGCCGUAGGCGUGUGGACCCUGGUGGAGAAGAGCGGCUACCUCAGCGUCCUGGCCUCCAGCACCUUCGCCGCCUCUGCCUACAUCCUCAUCUUCGCGGGCGCCCUGGUCAUGGUGACUGGCUUUCUGGGCUUUGGCGCCAUCAUCCGGGAGGACAGGAGCUGCCUCUCCACGUAUUUCUGCCUGUUGCUGGUGAUCUUCCUCGUUGAGCUGGUGGCGGGGGUCCUGGCCCACGUGUACUACCAGAGGCUGAGUGAUGAACUGAAGCAGCACUUGACCAGGACUUUGUCUGAGAACUACGGGCAGCCUGGAGCCUCCGAGAUCACCACCUCAGUAGACCGUCUACAGCAGGAUUUCAAGUGCUGUGGAAGCAACAGCUCGGCCGACUGGCAGCACAGCACCUACAUUCUGUCCCAGGAGGCCGAGGGCCGCCAGGUGCCCGACAGCUGCUGCAAGACGGUGGUGGCCCGCUGUGGCCAGAGGGCCCACCCCUCCAACAUCUACAAAGUGGAGGGCGGCUGCAUCACCAAGCUGGAGCAGUUCCUGGCCAACCACCUGCUGCUCAUGGGGGCGGUGGGCAUCGGGGUGGCCUGCCUGCAGAAACAUGAAGGAAAAUGCCUGGGGCCUGGGGGCCAACUUGAACCUGUAAGGAAGAGACCUGGGAGGAGUACGAGUGUGGGCUCAGACCUGCGGAAUGGUUCUCACCUGCUGCUUACACCGGAGGCUCCAGCUGCAUUGUCACUAAUGGCCAACUGUGUCCCCCUCUGACUGCCCCUUACGAGAACAGGCGCCCGAAUCCCAUUGGCCAGGCCUGUGGAGGCAGCACCAGUUCACCUAGAAACUCCCAGAAGGUCCCUGUCACCUGUGCCCAGCCCCCUUCGGACCCACCAAGUGCCCAAGACCAUGGCUCCUGCGGUUCCCACCCUGGCCGGGGACUCAGCCCCCUCCUCUGUGAAUGUUCACUGACCAAAUCCCUGGGCUGGGGACCAACGCUUGGCUUCGUGGGCACAAGGACCAAAGCCCCUCAACUGACAUCGGGCUCCCGUGGACCACAGGGGGGUAAGAGAGAGUUGGCUCUCUGCGCCCUCCCAGCUCUUGGAGCGAAGGGCUACAAGCUUUGACCCCUGUGGGAUGCCUGCAUACAGUGUGACUCCCACGGGUGCCGAGCCCUCCUUUGGCCUCUGCCGUGGGCUUUGGAUGCCUUGCUCUACCCCUCCAGGAACUGUGUUGGUGUGGGGCAGUUAAGGUUGUGUCUGUCCCCAGAAGACUCAGUCCUUCCAUCUGCCCACCCCCAAUGCUAUCUCACCAGGAAAGGAGUGUCCUGACGGCCUGGCUCCUUCCUGCAGGGCCUGGGAGUGGAGAGGACUGGGGUGAGACAGCCAGGAACGUGGAUUGGGCAGUGGUGGGCCUGGGGGAGCUGCCAGGCAUAAGAAUGGGAGGGUAAGAUGGGAGGCGUUGACUACACCACAACCUGCUGCACUGAGAGCCUGCACCCACCUACAGACCUCCCCCAGGACAGGUGCCUCCUGGAGACGUGGCCCCAAGCCCAGCCUCCAGUAAUCUGCCACUCAGGGGUCUCCUGUCUGUGGCCUGAUUCUCAGGAAUGCCAGGGUUUAAAACCAUCUUCAGCUCUUAAUGUGGGUGGGUGUACAUCUCCUUCCUGAUUAGACCAAUCGCAGACCUUGCAAAGCUGGAGCCACUGAGAAGGUGAAGCUCCAAGUAGCGGGGUGCUCUGUCCUGAGCCUCACUUGUCCUGGGCCCCCACCCCCUGAACAUGAGGCCACCACCAUGCAGCCUCCAGGGGCCGUGCUCUGCUUCCCAGAGCGAAUACGUUCCCUUCCUUCAGUUCUCUCUCGCAUCUCUGUAUUAGGCAGGGAAUUUUCAGGAAGAAAUUUCCCAAAUACUAAGGGAGAACAGAAAGCAAAUCCUAGAAAAUACAGAGUGUAGAUGCUGGCAGUUUUCCAAAGAACAGGUGUCAACUCCUAAGAGAGCCACAGGUUACUGCCUCCCGCCCCCCCAAAAAAAUGUCUGUGACAAGUGGGAGCUCUAACAGGAGAGCCUCACACUGGCUUCUACUUCUCCCUGGUCCUGCACUCCCAUCCUGGGGACCCUCUUACGUCCCUCCCACGAGAGGUGGCCCUGUGUUAUGCUAAGGCCAAGGCCAAGAAAGGCCAUUCCUCGUCUCCCUCCUCAUUCCAGCCCCCAGUCGGAUUGGGUCAGUGCUGGGUGAAGGGCAUUCUCUCUCCCCUACACAGGUCACUGCUGCCCCAACACAGUCCUCGGCUAUACAGAAACUGCACACCUUCAGAACAGGGAUUGCCCCACGCACAGAGGGAAGGCCAGCCUCCCGGGGCAGAUAGCCUCCCUGCCUUGGGGCCUCUCCAGGGGCUGUGAGAAUGCUGGCUGGCUUAGCUCCUCCAGCUAGACAGUCUUGGGGUAGCCGAUGCAAAUGCAUUAAAAGGGAGACCAGCUUUCCCAGCCACCCCAGACUACAUCGAGGACAAAAGAAAUGGUGGUGUGCUCGUCUUUUCUGCCUUCUAACUUCCCAGGAUUCAUGCAAAUCAAUCAAAAAUGACCGUGACUCCCAAGCUCUGUGCAGAGCUAGACGUCAGACUGACAAGUCUCACCAAGGGAGGGCCCAGAAAGUGAGAGCCAUGCUCUUCCUGCUGGGGCGCCCGAGCACGGCCGUGGGCAGGGAGGUGCUGUGCCUGUCCACGUCUGCCCCAGCGGGCCCCUGACUGAGGUCAGCCAGGCCUGGAGAGGUGGGGACGGGGGCAAUGGGAGGUGAUCACGUGCACAGCUUUGUCACGGGGGAGGCCCAGGAGAACCCAAGAUGUCUGCCCCAGCCCCUGUGUUGAGUUAGGCCCGAAUAGCAGAGGGCAGGAUGAGUUGCCCUGGGUAUCGUUCUGUCCAGACUGCUACGGAAGGAUGGCUGGUGCAAGCUACCGACAGGGAGACAGCAGCCCAGAGCUUUUUGGAGCUAUGACCUCUCCGUCCAUGCCUAUAGUCUGGGAGAUGAUGAGACAUCGUUAGAGGAAACGGGUUCAGGAUGUGGCAGAUUCCCCUAGGGGCACUCCAAGGGCUGGGGCCCAGAGCUGGAGUGCUGCCCCCACGGGUGUGCUGGUCCUGCAGUGAGGGUGCAGAUCUGUACCCAGGACAGUUCCUCCCAGGUCCCUGCUUGGAGGCUGUCACCGUCAUGGGCUCCUAGGAGAGCGAGAAGGGCCUGCCUGUGGAAAGCCAUCACAGUCCUGGUGGACAAAAGGCCCCGGCACACUGGAGUCCAGAAAAGAAGCCAGCAUUUUGCAGAGGUCUGGCCACGGCGGGUCCUGGAACACCAUACAGCCGGGUGUUCUCCACACCCUCACCCUGAACUCGCCCAGCUGCCCUGCUCCCCUCAGCUCACAGGGGCAUCGCCCAGAGGAGGAAUGGCACGUCUCCCCACUCCCUGGAUGAUGUGUUUUGGGGGAGACAGGAACGUAACUCAGUCUGGUGAAGGGACGAAGCGUUGCUUAAAACGUUUGUGACCAUUCGUCUCUUCCUCCCUGCCCCCUGCCCAACUCCAGGAGUCCUCAGGCAUAGCUGUGUGGAUGUCGAAGGCCUUGUGUUUACUGAAGGCCUAUUGUGUGCUUAGAACGUGUUAGCCACAUAAAUAUAUCAUCUCAUAGUGAUUGAAACAAGAAGGUAUAUCCCCCCAUUCUACAGAAGAGGAAACUAAGACUCAGAAGUAAGAGACUUGCCAGUCAGCAGCACUGGCUGUUGUCAUGCCACUCCAGCUGGAUGGAACCAAGGGAAGCUGGGCUGGGAACCCCCUCUCCCCAGAGUCCCACAUUUCUCCAUCUCUGUAAGAAACUGUCAGGCUUACAUUCAGGAGCAACGUGUCCCUCGGGGGUACUGUGGGAUAGCAGCACCCUCGCACCCCCUCCUAGGUUGGAUGGAACCAUCCAUCUGGCCCCAGCCCUAGCGCCCUGCACAUCUGUAGUUGGGAUGGAAGUCUGUCUUCCCUCAGGCUGACAGCUGGGCCCCUGGUGCAGCAGCUCAGGCAGCAGGCAGGAGCCUGUCGGGCCUGGCACGGGAACGCCUGGCCUAUCACCUCAGGUGCCAACAGUGACGCCAAAGUGAGAGCAGACCUCCCUCUGCGAUCAGUCCUCAAGCAGGAUGUGGAAUCUCAUGGCAGCAUGCCGACGGGCUGUCGUCUGGGGGCACGUUGGGCUGGCAAGGGAGCAGGAAGCGCCUCUCCCUGCCCAGGAGGUCUCAUGCACUCACAGAGCCCCCCUGGGCAGGUUGGAGGGGCCCUGGGUGGUGAUGACCCCCUUCUGCCCGCCUUCCCUCCCCUCAUGGCCAAUGCUGGGGCUUUGAGUGGGCACAGUGUGAGCUCAGUCUCGGGCCUGGGGUCUCAUCAGGCUGCCCACCCUGUGCAGGGCCAUAAGCCUGGCACUGAGGAGGGAUGGGUAUUGUGCCAGGACCCUCAUGCCCUACAGCCAGUUUGGGUCUUGGAAUCUGCCACUCUGGGUCUAUCUCCAGGCUUGUGAGGUACAGGAAGUGAAUUAAAGGAGUUCCUUUCAUCACCACCCAUCCUAGUAUCAGCCUUGGAAACAUUCUUGGCUUACUGGCCACUUUGGGUCUGGUGUCAGAAAUGGAGGAGAAGGGGGAGGUGGUUUGACAGGCUAAGGAGACACCCCCCCCCCAGUUUUCUGUGUCACCACUGGGUGGCGCUCACCUCUGCCAAGGAUGCUGGUGAUCAAGUGUCUGACCAGAUGUUCUCAAACUUGAGUGUCAUCGGGAUCACUGGAGCACCCCCCACCCCACGCUUCACAUCGGAAGGGGUGAGGCCAAGGAUUUGCUUUUCUAGUGAGUUCCCAGGUGACUGCCUGCUGCUGGCCUGGGGCCACACUUUGAGAACCCCUGCUUUAGACCACAGCACAAAGGAGAACACUUUGCCCCCUUCCUUUGUGGGUCACAGCUCCCAAGAUUCACAAGUCCCUCAGGCCGUCUGGCUUGGGUCCCGCCCCAUUCGCUGUGGGAGGGUGGGAUGAAGCAGUGCCAGUGGGGAGUUCGCAGCCAGCAGGAAAGUGCCUCUCCUGGGGUGCAUUCUCGCAGAGCCUGCUCCCCCACCCCCACCCCCACCCCGCCGUCAGUGGGACCAGAGUGGCGCGCUCUGAGUGGUCUGUGACCUUGGCUGGGAUGCCUGGGGCCUGGGCGCUGUCCCCCGAAGGCGCGGGAUUACAGUGCAGCCCCGUUUUCCCACCAUCUCCCGAGCGCCUCGGGAGACCCCGCCUCAUUCUUGUUGCCGCAUCCGCUCCUUCAGCACAAUGCGCAGCCCUGUACCCCGUCCUUCAGCCUCCCGCGUGCCCCCGCCCUUACGCCCCAGAGGCACCUGGAGCAAAUGCCACAAGCAUUUCCAGGCGGCCCAAUAUUAGUGAGGCCAGAUGGGCUCCUGGAUGUGGGUGUGGGUUGUCACAAUAUUCUAGAAACAGAGAAACUGCCUUAACCUACUGCAUACAGAGAAAUCGCUCUAGCUGUGAACGUGCCCCCUCCUUAGCUGGCCGCAGGGUAAGCCAGCCUCAUAUGCUAGGGGGCAUGAUAAUAAAGGAACUGUAUCCGG